AUUUAAUAACAAUAAUCAUGCUGAACUUAUUUGGUAGAAGGCUGUGCUCAAAGGCAGCUGCUGUUCCCCUCCUUAUGCCUAGAUUUAGGAUGAAUAAUAUGACACUUUACAGACACAAUUUCAUGUUGAAUAACUUAGCUAUGAGAUCUAUGUGAUCCAAGGCCGAUCCAGAAACCGUGAAAAUAACAUUUCUAAACCUCCGGGACAACAGUGAGAAAGUAGUAGACGCUAAAAUUGGAGAACACUUGCUUGAGAUAGCUCAUUCAAACGAAAUUGACCUCGAAGGAGCUUGUGAAGCAAGUCUUGCCUGAUCAACUUGUCAUAUUAUCCUUCCUGAUGAAAUUUAUGAUGAUCUAGAAUACCCAUGCGAUGAAGAAGAUGAUCUUCUUGAUCUUGCAUACGGGUUAACCCUCACAUCAAGACUAGGCUGCCAAGUAUUCGUCACUAAAGAUAUGGAUGGAAUGACGGUUAAGAUUCCAGAAGCCAGUAGAAAUUUCUACGUUGACGGGCAUGUUCCGAAACCUCAUUAAGAGAUAUUUCAAUUAAUU